AUCGGAAGCUACAACAUUUUGAUCGGAAGCAAGAACGGGAGCUCGCUGGCUGUGAAGGUAACUUUCUCCCCUUCGCGCGCUUCUUCGGAUAAAUCCCGCUCAGAUUUACUAAAUCCGGCUACCCCUUGGAUUUACUAAGUCCCAAAUUUAAGCUGUAAAUCCGUAAAUCGGGGAUUUACUGAAUCCCUGGAUUUAACGCCUGCACAAAAACUGUUUGGCUGGAUUUAGCGUAAAUCGGACUUAAAUCCCGCUGUAAAUCCGAUACCAAACAGCCCCUUAAGGAUCCCGAACCGUUUAGAGGGGUAAUUUCGUCAUUGCUUCUCGCAACAAACUCUUGCCCUCAAUGCGCGCGGCCUUUUCGAUGGUGGACAGCGAUCCUAAAAAGAAUUCAAAAUCAGAUACCAGAGAAAGGGUUAGGGGAGAUAAAUUAAGCCGCUUGGAUAGGAAGGACAGAAAAAACUUAUAUCUAAGGUUGAACGGAGCUGGUUCCUUCGGCCGUCGACAAUCAUCGGCGAUGUAUGGUGUGAAGAUACAAGAGGUAUCGAAGAAGCUGGCGCUCUGGCACACGCCGACCUUCAGUCCAAUCAUGAGCCAUGAUGACCUCGAGCCCAUCUUGUGUUCGGUUGGAUUCAUCUCCCCCGCAAAUGUGCCCCAGCCAUCGACAUCGACUAACCUGAACCAGCCGUCAUCACCAUCAAGAAGCCCGCCGGCUGAUGUUAAAUGGAAAGAGUACGCGUUCCCUUCGUCGGCGGCGGCGGUUUCCGGCUUUUUUCCGCCCCGCCCAAGGCUUCCAUUUCCGAUGAUAUGGGGGCUCCAUCUCAUUGCCUACAAGGCUUUUCUCAGCGCCUUAGAAUGCUACAUAGACCCCACAGACGUCUCCAACCUAUUUCAUGUGAGAGCUAUGUCGAUAACCCCCAUGCCUGAGGAAGAAUUCGAGAAGGAAUACCGACCAAUGAAAGACAUGGACGCCGAUGACUGUACAAUUUAUGUGUACCGAAAAGGCACCGUCUAUAACUGGAUGUUAGAACAGAUUACAGCUUUGGAGUACAGAACUCAACGCUACGAAGAAGAUGAUGAUCCUAGAAUCAAAAGCGGAGGUAGCAACACCGAUCAAAUCUUUAUGGUUUCAUGGGACAACCUUCUACCAGAAAGGUAUGUUACCAGUCCCUGUCCUUCGCCUGAAAAUGCCGAGAAAUAGAGCAACCUUUUUUUUUUUUUUUAAUUUUUUAUUCAAUAAUUUUUUCAACUAUUGUUAGUUCUAGUUUGAAGAACAGGAGCAGCAAUGUGCUUGUAAUUAUGUUCUUUUCAUUUCAA